AUGGGUGACCCGGUUCAUCAAUCCCAGCCAGCAUACGGGCAGAGGCUUUUGACCUCAAUCAUCGAUGAGCGGGCCCUCGCAAGCCCCCUGAAGCCCUUCAUGUCCAUACCCGCCGGCGACACUGUGGCUGAUGGCCAGAGAGACAUCUCAUACGGUGAUAUCGCUCGAGCAAUCAACCGUUGUGCCUGGUGGAUCGAGAACACGCUAGGCAAAGGUGUUGACUUUCCCCCGAUAGCGACUUACAUGUCGCCCAUGGAUUUUCGACACGUUAUUCUAAUCUUUGGUGCUAUCAAGUCUGGAUACAAAAUGUUUUACAGCUCUCCACGGAACCACGUAGAUGUUCAAAUUGCGCUGCUGGAGAAGCUGCAGUGCACUGUCCUUUUUACGCCCAACGACAUGUCUGCGACCACCAAGGCGGUGCUCGAGAAGCGGCCAGAAAUGAAAAAGUUCAUCCUGCCCGAACUCGCAUAUUUUCUCUCGGAAGAGUCGAUGGAGCCGUAUCCAUACAGCAAGACGUUCGAGGAGGCACGCAAAGACCCUUACGUCGUCUUGCACUCAUCUGGUUCAACUGGCACUCCGAAACUCUUGAUCCAGAAGCACGGGUCAGCGGCGGCCCAUGAUGCAUUUCAGCUAUUUUCCAGCCUUGACGACGUCCCUUUCUUCGUCAGUUCGUGGAAGGGGAAGCGAGUCCUGACUAAUUUCCCCUGGGUGCACGCCGGUGGCGCCCACAUCCUGGGUUGCGGCAUCUAUUACGACUUCGUGCCUGUCAUCUCAGCGGCCUGGCCCCUCCGAGGUUCCGAGGCCGACCACUUCCACAGGAAUGGCAGUAUCCAGGCGGCUUGGUACUCUCCCUCAGUCUUGGCCGACAUUGCACGCGAUCCGAUAUUUCUGGAAAACAUCUCCAACCUCAUGAAUGUCUCCUAUUCCGGCGGCAUCUUACCUCCGGACGUUGGAAGCGCCAUCUCCAAACGCACGCGCCUCUUUGGAAGCAUGGCUUCGACGGAAACCGGGAUCCUUCCCAGCGAGAUUCCGCCCCCGGAUAUGUGGAAUUACUAUCGAUUCAAUGAGCGUCUGGGGCACACCUUCAAACGCUACACAGACGACUUGUACGAGUUGGUGCUCACUAGAGACAAAGCCAAGCAGCCCUUUCAAUUUGCCUUCUACACGUUCCUAGAUGCUGGCACGUAUGACAUGCGUGACGUCUACAUCGAGCACCCGUCUCAACCCGGCUGGUGGCGGUCAUCUGGACGCAUCGAUGACGUAGUGGUUAUGGAGGAUGCUAAGAAGCUCAACGUGAUUCCUUACGAGGCAUCAAUUGAACGGCACCCGGAUAUCGCAACCGCCCUGCUGUGCGGCACGGGACGCCCCCGACCGGCCGUUUUGCUACAGCCUCGUAAGUUCCCUGAGUCGGACGAAGAAGCGAGCAAUUUCUUGGACGAUGUGUGGCCAACCAUCGAGAAAGCCAACGAGUCAGGGCCGGUCCAUGGGAGAUUGAUCAAGGAGUUGGUCGUGUUAGCGACGGAGGCUAAGCCCAUGGUGAAGGCAGGGGGGAAGGAUACCGUCAUGCGAAAGAGAAGUCUCCAGCAGUACGAGGAGGAGAUCGAUGUGGCAUAUAAACGUGCCGAGAAGCUGGGUCUCCUCUAUGGCGAGUUUGCAGAGAAUGGUGGAUUGGUUUAA